UAUAUUACCAAUUCGGCGGCAGCAGAGGCGGAUGCCAAAGCCUAACGUGGGAGGGUGAUCGGGAAGUGAGAGUGGAGGCUGCGGAGGACGCGUCUGCCCAGGCGGUGGUAUAAAGGUGACGGGACGUCAGUAUUCUGUUUCUUUCUUUCUCCAUUCCUGGGAGAGACGCCCCUUCGUUGCUGGGGAGCCGGGGUCUCCACUUGCCUUUUUUAAAGGGCUGGUGAAAACCCCUGAACAUGUGGAAUCCCAAUGCCGGGCAGCCAGGGCCAAAUCCUUACCCGCCUAACGUUGGAUACCCUGGAGGUUGCCAUCCUACCCAUCCACCAUCUGCCAACCCUCCCUUUCCUCCAGGCCCCCUUCCCACUCCCCCAGGAGUGCCCCAGGGGAAUCCAUCUUUUCCCCCUGGCGGGCCUUGUUAUCCUGUGCCACAGCCAGGGCAUCCAGGAUACCAGCCCUCAGGUCCCUACCCACCACCUGCCCCUGGCAUGCCACCUGUGAAUCCAUUGGCUCCUGGCAUGGUAGGACCAGGCAUGGUGAUGGACAAGAAGAUGAAGAAGAAAAUGAAGAAAGCUCAUAAAAAGAACCACAAACACCACAAGCAUGGCAAGCAUUCCUCCUCCUCCUCCUCUUCCAGCAGUGACUCUGACUGAAUACAGGGCCUGGACCCUUCCCUCAAGUCUCUCCAGUUCUGCUCUCCCAUCAAGCUUCAGAUGCCAUCUUGUCCUGGGGGAAAUUAGCCCUCGUGUCCUACCCUUCCACCCUCACAGUCUGGGCAUCAUUCUGCUGUUCAUCCCUCACUGGCUAGAGAAAAUGGGGAAAGAAUUGCCAUGAGCUAGUUUGGAUAGAACUGUUAGCUGAUGAGUUUUGCAGGAGAACUAUUUUUUGAAGACGGUGAGAUCUUUGGGCUAAAUGAGGAAGACAAGUCUAAGAUCUGCAAAAUGUGAUUCUUUACUCUUCCUUUGUAAUACUUCUGAUUGGGGAGAUGCUGUGAAAAUUUAAUUAUGGGGGAAAAAAACUGUACCUUUCUUGUGAUUGUGGCAUACUUGGGUGAUUUAGUGGUGAAUAAACAUUUCCCAGCAAGCA